AAUGUGUUGCGUAUUUUUAAAUUACGACGUAAAAAUAAUUUUGGGUUGCUUAACAUCCCAUCGGAAAUUAGAACAAGUGACUUUCUAAUUCGUACAUGAAUGUAAAAUGUUGCAUUUUGACUCACCGGCAGGUGGUUGUUUAUUAAUAUACACCUUAUUAUGGAUAUAUCGCAUGUAUAUUAAAGUUGUCAUAGUGAAAUAUCAAUAUUAAUUAAACCUGGUUAUAUAUCAUACGAGAAGAAUUUCUCAUUAUUACGUGCUAUUAUUAGAAAAAAAUAAAACAUGUAUCGUCAAAAUAUGUAAAUGAGAAUGUAUUCCAUCGGCGUGGAGACUAAAACUGUGCUCUGUUAUAAUCAUGAUAGCAAACAGGAAAAUCUUUGUGGUUCUUCUUACAUGGAUUUUCUGUAAUAUUUCCGUGCUCAACUGCCAAGAAAUAGACAAGCCUCGAGGGCCUUGGCAGCUCGCAUUUAAGGUUGUCAGUGGUAACUGGGACCCUGCAGUGACUGGACAUACAAGUUUCUGGGCACUGUUCGAUUCAACUGAUACAUACAACACGGCAAGUCCCGUGUCGGACCAACGUGAUUUUACCACGACCAGUGAUCACUAUAAGUCCGAACUCGUGCAACAGUGGGAGGAUGGCUACAUCAGUGUACAAGCGAUUAAAUUGUCACUGUUCAAGAACAACGAAGAAAAAGCUUACGUCGUGUUUGAUGCGAUAGGAAAGACGAAGACGACUUGGUUUAAAUGUGAUAAUAUUUUAUAUUCUUCCUAUACCGAUCUGCCGGACAACACGUUACCAUCAGAAUGUCCCGGGAAGAACGCUAUGGGUUUGCCAUUAACUAUGAUGAAGCUGUCAUAUUUCUUUGCGUACUGUCCGGACACAACCGGCUGGCUGGUUGUAGCAGAUGCUGACUUCUCAUUCUCACUGUGUCCGAACUACAUGCCAGCCGACGGUAGCGAGCCCAAGCCUUAUUUUAAAUACUCAACACUUACAACUGUUGGUGACCUUUCAACUGAACUUGAGACGGCUGACAGUAUAGGAAUAUUUUUUCAAGUAUGGGACAUGGCCUUUAAAGGUGUAGAAGGAAUCAAACCGUCUGCCAUUGGUCUAAAUAAUCUCACAGGCCUAUUUAUGUUGGACAUCACCGAGAACGACAACUCUGACCUGACUGUCAGGAAUCUUCAACAUACGCAAUCAUCACAGAUCUUCAAAUCUGACGUCAUUAAUCUCUGGGACUAUUAUUUCAUAGAUACGGUAAAAUUUUCUAUGUUAAAGAGUGGAAUAGAAGAGGCCUACGUGGUAUUCGACGGUACAAACAGUGACAAACUUUCCUGGUUUACUGAUUCUAAUAUUCUGUACAGUAGUUAUGGUAGCUCGUUGGAUAGUUCAUCGUUAGAAAUAUGCUCUAUAGAAGGGGACUCGUACCGGAACUGGCAGAUACAGAGUUUAGCGGAUGAUGUAGGAUGUUCUGAGACGGAACAAAUGGGAUGGAUGCUAGUGAAAGAGCCAAAGAACAAUGGCACGUGCAGCUGGGAUACUAGCACAAUAAAAAAGAAACCUUACUUUCUUUACAACACGGGUACCUCCGCUGCUAGCCCAUCUACAUUCCAGUAUGCUGAUGUUAUAGCCGUGUUUGUUCAUGGAUGGCGAAUGGUUCUGAAGGUAUCAGCUGGCGGAAGUUUGGCACCAAAGUCAAGCAUCUUCUCCCUCUGGUCGGAUAAUGGUGGCAUGAAUGAAAACGCGGACUUGGGUUCCAUGACAACGUUCAAAUCAUCAAUUAUUGAUCAGUGGACCUCAUUCUAUAUUAGAGCGGUUAAAGUAGCAGCAUACAAAGAUGGCCUAGAAGUAUUUAACGCUGUAUUUGACGCAACCGGAAGUAGCAAUACAAACUGGUUUGAUUGUUCCCGUUUACUGUAUACCACGGUGUCUGGUCUAACAAGCACCACAGCUAAUACAAAUUCAUACACGUGUAGUCUUCAAGGUGAUUCGUCAACAUUUCGAUUUUUCUUGGGAAAGUCCCCGGAUUGUGGGUCGGUCUCAGCUACAGGGAUGUUCUGGGUGGUUGAUGCUGACAGCGCAUGCUCAUCACGCAAUGAUCUCCCUCAGUUCCUAUACUCCAACACAAUGGGUACAACAAUAUCAGAUGUGACAGAAUUACAUCUAGCCGACACAUUUGCAAUAUUUGUUGAUAUGGCAAAUUGUUAUAGCGACACGUGCCUCAACGGAGCAACUUGUCAAGACCUUGGCGGAAACUUCCGGUGUUUCUGUACCGGAAAUUAUUUUGGAGAAACAUGCGCAAACUUGAAUGGUACAUUUGGAGAAUGGAGCACGUGGAGUGAAUGUAGUGUCACGUGUGCUGACGGCAUUCAGAACAGAAACAGAACAUGUAUAGGAGCGGAGGGAGUUGGCACCUGUGCUGGCGAGAGUCUAGAGACCAAGAAUUGUACCCUAGACCCCUGUCCGAGUAGGAACAUUAAAUCACCAUCUAGAUAUAAUACAAUUUUGGGCACAAUUCGUAUUAUAUUUUAUAUUACUAUUUUCAAAGUUGACGGUGGAUUCACAGAUUGGAUAACGUGGACAACCUGCACAGUCACGUGUGGCACUGGUACAAGAUCGCGAACACGUGAUUGCACAAAUCCCGCCCCUCAAUUUGGCGGCAGUAACUGUGGUGAACCUUCCACUGAGAGUGAAAUUUGCAACACGAAUCCAUGUCCAAUUGAUGGUGGACUGACUGAGUGGACUGAAUGGUCUGAAUGUUCUGUCACAUGUGAAACCGGAAACCAGACAAGGGAACGUUCUUGCACGAAUCCGGCACCGCAAUAUGGAGGCUUAAACUGUGUGGGAGACAUUCUUGAAACAAAAUUGUGCGUUCUCGGACCAUGUCCAAUCGAUGGAGGUUAUACUGAAUGGAAUGUGUGGACGGCAUGUACUCUCACUUGCGGGACAGGGGAACAAUCCAGAUCUCGAGAAUGUACCAACCCAACUCCACAGCACGGAGGUCUUCCAUGUCCAGGUGAUGCAACUGAAACAGUUAAUUGUAAUACAGAUAAUUGUCCAAUUAAUGGAGGAUAUACUGAAUGGAGUGAGUGGACGAUAUGCACUUUAACUUGUGGAGGAGGGGAACAAUCAAGGUCUCGAGAAUGUACCAACCCAACUCCACAGUACGGAGGUCUUCCAUGUCUAGGUGAUGCAACUGUAACAGUUAAUUGUAAUACAGAUCAUUGUCCAAUUAAUGGAGGAUAUACUGAAUGGAGUGAGUGGACUGCGUGCAAUGUCACUUGCGGAGGAGGAGAGCAAUCCAGAUUUCGAGAAUGUACCAACCCGACUCCUCAAUACGGAGGUCUUCCAUGUCCAGGUGAUGCAUAUGAAACAGUUAAUUGUAAUACUGAUAAUUGUCCAAUUAAUGGAGGAUAUAUUGAAUGGAGUGAGUGGACUGCAUGCACAUUUACUUGUGGAGGAGGGGAGCAAUCCAGAUCUCGAGAAUGUACCAACCCGACUCCUCAGCACGGAGGUCUUACAUGUCCAGGUAAUGCAACUGAAACACUUAAUUGUAAUACGGAUAAUUGUCCAAUUAAUGGAGGAUAUACUGAAUGGAGUGAGUGGACUAUGUGCAAUGUCACUUGCGGAGGAGGAGAGCAAUCCAGAUCUCGAGACUGUUCUAACCCACCUCCUCAAUACGGAGGUCUUCCAUGUCUAGGUGAUGCAUCUGAAACAUUAAAUUGUAAUACUGAUAAUUGUCCAGUUAAUGGAGGAUAUACUGAAUGGAGUGAGUGGACUGCGUGCAAUGUCACUUGCGGAGGAGGAGAGCAAUCCAGAUCUCGAGACUGUUCUAACCCAACUCCUCAAUACGGAGGUCUUCCAUGUCUAGGUGAUGCAUCUGAAACAUUAAAUUGUAAUACUGAUAAUUGUCCAGUUAAUGGAGGAUAUACUGAAUGGAGUGAGUGGACUGCGUGCAAUGUCACUUGCGGAGGAGGAGAGCAAUCCAGAUCUCGAGACUGUUCUAACCCAACUCCUCAAUACGGAGGUCUUCCAUGUCCAGGUGAUGCAACUGAAACACUUAAUUGUAAUACGGAUAAUUGUCCAGUUAAUGGAGGAUAUACUGAAUGGAGUGAAUGGACUGCAUGCUCAUUUACUUGCGGAGGAGGAGAGCAAUCAAGGUCUCGAGAAUGUACCAACCCGACGCCUCAACACGGAGGUCUUCCAUGUCUAGGUGAUGCAGCUGAAACACUUAAUUGUAAUACUGAUAAUUGUCCAAUUAAUGGAGGAUAUACUGAAUGGAGUGAGUGGACUCCGUGCAAUGCCACUUGCGGAGGAGGAGAGAAAUACAGAUCUCGAGAAUGUACCAACCCGACUCCUCAGCACGGAGGUUUUCCAUGUCCAGGAGAUGCAACUGAAACAAUAAAUUGUAAUACUGAUAAUUGUCCAAUUAAUGGAGGAUAUACUGAAUGGAAUGAGUGGACGAUAUGCACUUUUACUUGUGGAGGAGGGGAACAAUCAAGGUCUCGAGAAUGUACAAACCCAACUCCACAGUACGGAGGUCUUCCAUGUCCAGGUGAUGCAACUGAAACACUUAAUUGUAAUACUGAUAAUUGUCCAAUUAAUGGAGGAUAUACUGAUUGGAGUGAGUGGACUGCGUGCAAUGUCACUUGCGGAGGAGGAGAGCAAUCCAGAUCUCGAGACUGUUCUAGCCCACCUCCUCAAUAUGGAGGUCUUCCAUGUCCAGGUGAUGCAUCUGAAACAAUAAAUUGUAAUACUGAUAAUUGUCCAAUUAAUGGAGGAUAUACUCAAUGGAAUGAGUGGACGAUAUGCACUUUUACUUGUGGAGGAGGGGAACAAUCAAGGUCUCGAGAAUGUACAAACCCAACUCCACAAUACGGAGGUCUUCCAUGUCCAGGUGAUGCAACUGAAACACUUAAUUGUAAUACUGAUAAUUGUCCAAUUAAUGGAGGAUAUACUGAAUGGAGUGAAUGGACAGUAUGCACUGUAGGUUGCGGAGGAGGGGAACAAUCCCGAUCUCGAGACUGUUCUAACCCAACCCCUCAAUACGGAGGUCUGCCAUGUCCAGGUGAUGCAAAUGAAACAAUAAAUUGUAAUACUGAUAAUUGUCCAAUUAAUGGAGGAUAUACUGAAUGGAGUGAGUGGACAGUAUGCACUGUAGGUUGCGGAGGAGGGGAACAAUCCAGAUCUCGAGACUGUUCUAACCCAACCCCUCAAUACGGAGGUCUGCCAUGUCCAGGUGAUGCAACUGAAACAAUAAAUUGUAAUACUGAUAAUUGUCCAAUUAAUGGAGGAUAUACUGAAUGGAAUGAGUGGACGAUAUGCACUUUUACUUGUGGAGGAGGGGAACAAUCAAGGUCUCGAGAAUGUACAAACCAACUCCACAAUACGGAGGUCUUCCAUGUCCAGGUUGCGGAGGAGGGGAACAAUCCAGAUCUCGAGACUGUUCUAACCCAACCCCUCAAUACGGAGGUCUUGCCAUGUCCAGGUGAUGCAACUGAAACAAUAAAUUGUAAUACUGAUAAUUGUCCAAUUAAUGGAGGAUAUACUGAAUGGAGUGAGUGGACUGCGUGCAAUGUCACUUGCGGAGGAGGAGAGCAAUCCAGAUCUCGAGACUGUUCUAAUCCAACUCCUCAAUACGGAGGUCUUCCAUGUCAAGAUGAUGCAUCUGAAACAAUAAGUUGUAAUACUGAUAAUUGUCCAAUUAAUGGAGGAUAUACUGAAUGGAGUGAGUGGACUGCGUGCAAUGUCACUUGCGGAGGAGGAGAGCAAUCCAGAUCUCGAGACUGUUCUAAUCCAGCUCCUCAAUACGGAGGUCUUCCAUGUCAAGGUGAUGCAACAGAAACAAUAAAUUGUAAUACUGAUAAUUGUCCAAUUAAUGGAGGAUAUACUGAAUGGAGUGAGUGGACGACAUGUACUGAGACUUGCGGAGGAGGGGAAAAAUCCAGAUCUCGAGAAUGUACUAACCCAACUCCUCAAUACGGAGGUCUUCCAUGUCAUGAUGAUGCAUCUGAAACAAUAAGUUGUAAUACGGAUAAUUGUUCAAUUAAUGGAGGAUAUACUGAAUGGAGUGAGUGGACAGUAUGCACUGUAGGUUGUGGAGGAGGGGAACAAUCUAGAUCUCGAGACUGUUCUAACCCAACCCCUCAAUACGGAGGUCUUCCAUGUCCAGGUGAUGCAACUGAAACAAUAAAUUGUAAUACUGAUAAUUGUCCAAUUAAUGGAGGAUAUACUGAAUGGAGUGAAUGGACUGCGUGCAAUGUCACUUGCGGAGGAGGAGAGCAAUCCAGAUCUCGAGACUGUUCUAACCCAACUCCUCAAUACGGAGGUCUUCCAUGUCAAGAUGAUGCAUCUGAAACAAUAAGUUGUAAUACGGAUAAUUGUUCAAUUAAUGGAGGAUAUACUGAAUGGAGUGAGUGGACAGUAUGCACUGUAGGUUGUGGAGGAGGGGAACAAUCUAGAUCUCGAGACUGUUCUAACCCAACCCCUCAAUACGGAGGUCUUCCAUGUCCAGGUGAUGCAACUGAAACAAUAAAUUGUAAUACUGAUAAUUGUCCAAUUAAUGGAGGAUAUACUGAAUGGAGUGAAUGGACUGCGUGCAAUGUCACUUGCGGAGGAGGAGAGCAAUCCAGAUCUCGAGACUGUUCUAACCCAACUCCUCAAUACGGAGGUCUUCCAUGUCAAGAUGAUGCAUCUGAAACAAUAAGUUGUUGUGGAGGAGAGCAAUCCAGAUCUCGAGACUGUUCUAACCCAACCCCUCAAUACGGAGGUCUUCCAUGUACAGGUGAUGCAACUGAAACAAUAAAUUGUAAUACUGAUAAUUGUCCAAUUAAUGGAGGAUAUACUGAAUGGAGUGAGUGGACUGCGUGCAAUGUCACUUGCGGUGGAGGAGAGCAAUCCAGAUCUCGAGACUGUUCUAACCCAUUUCCUCAAUACGGAGGUCUUCCAUGUCAAGGUGAUGCAACUGAAACAAUAAAUUGUAAUACUGAUAAUUGUCCAAUUAAUGGAGGAUAUACUGAAUGGAGUGAGUGGACUGCGUGCAAUGUCACUUGCGGAGGAGGAGAGAAAUCCAGAUCUCGAGACUGUUCUAACCCAACUCCUCAAUACGGAGGUCUUCCAUGUCAAGAUGAUGCAACUGAAACAAUAAAUUGUAAUACUGAAAAUUGUCCAAUUAAUGGAGGAUAUACUGAAUGGAGUGAGUGGACGGCAUGUACUGAGACUUGCGGAGGAGGGGAACAAUCAAGAUCUCGAGAAUGUACUAACCCAACUCCUCAAUACGGAGGUCUUCCAUGUCAAGAUGAUGCAUCUGAAACAAUAAGUUGUAAUACGGAUAAUUGUUCAAUUAAUGGAGGAUAUACUGAAUGGAGUGAGUGGACAGUAUGCACUGUAGGUUGUGGAGGAGGGGAACAAUCUAGAUCUCGAGACUGUUCUGACCCAACCCCUCAAUACGGAGGUCUUCCAUGUCCAGGUUAUGCAACUGAAACAAUAAAUUGUAAUACUGAUAGUUGUCCAAUUAAUGGAGAAUAUACUGAAUGGAGUGAGUGGACUGCGUGCAAUGUCACUUGCGGAGGAGGAGAGCAAUCCAGAUCUCGAGUCUGUUCUAACCCAACUCCUCAAUACGGAGGUCUUCCAUGUCAAGAUGAUGCAUCUGAAACAAUAAGUUGUAAUACGGAUAAUUGUCCAAUUAAUGGAGGAUAUACUGAAUGGAGUGAGUGGACUGCGUGCAAUGUCACUUGCGGAGGAGGAGAGCAAUCCAGAUCUCGAGAAUGUUCUAACCCAACUCCUCAAUACGGAGGUCUUCCAUGUCCAGGUGAUGCAACUGAAACAAUAAAUUGUAAUACUGAUACUUGUCCAAUUAAUGGAGGAUAUACUGAAUGGAGUGAGUGGACGGCAUGUACUGAGACUUGCGGAGAAGGGGAACAAUCCAGAUCGCGAGAAUGUACUAACCCAAUUCCUCAGUACGGAGGUUUUCCAUGUCCUGGCGGUGCAUCUGAAACACGUUUAUGUGGAGGAAUUAACUGUGCAGUGCAUGGUGGAUUUUCUGAAUGGACACUGUGGAGCACAUGUUCAGUGACCUGCGGCUCGGGGCAGCAAUUGAGGGUACGUGAAUGCAACAGUCCGAAUCCUGAGUUUGGUGGAGAUGACUGCUCAGGAGAAUUUACAGAAAACAGGGAAUGUAAUGAACUCCUCUGUCCGGUCGAUGGAGGAUACACGUCUUGGUCAGAAUGGAGUCUGUGUUCUGUAACUUGUGGCGUAGGAGAGAUGACUAGGUCGCGCGAGUGUUCCAACCCGACACCUGAAUAUGGAGGGGCUGAUUGCGAUGGUGUUGCAAAUGAAACAUCGGCGUGCUCCUCAGAAUGUCCAAUUGAUGGUCAGUUCACUGAAUGGACUACGUGGACGCAGUGCUCGGCGACAUGUGGGAACGGAGAUCAAACAAGAUCGCGUUCAUGCUCGAAUCCUGUACCUCGGUUUGGUGGUGUUGAUUGUAUUGGAGCCACAGAAGAAACAGAAACUUGUAAUUUGGCCAGUUGUUCUCCAGAAAGUAUAGAUGGUGGUUUUAAUGACUGGUCGGUUUGGACAGCGUGUUCGGUGACUUGUGGAAGCGGUCAACAAUCAAGGAACAGAACCUGUUCGAAUCCUGAACCUCAAAACGGCGGAAAUGUUUGUGAAGGUGAUUUAGAGGAAACGCAACCGUGUAGUUCAGACAGCUGUCCUCCAGAAAUAAUUGAUGGUGGUUUUAGUGACUGGUCGGAUUGGACAGAAUGUUCGGUGACUUGUGGAGGUGGUGGACAAACAAGGAACCGGACAUGUUCGAACCCCGAACCUCAGAACGGCGGCAGUGAUUGUGUUGGUGAUUCAGAGGAGACUCAACCAUGUAGUACAAGCAGCUGUCCACCAGAUAGGCGCAGAUCGGCACCAAGUGAAAUUAUAAAUGGCGCUUUCAGUGACUGGUCGGUUUGGACGGAGUGUUCUGUAACUUGUGGAGGAGGUGAACAAAUAAGAAGCCGAUCAUGUUCGAAUCCCGAGCCCCAGAACGGCGGCAAUGAUUGUCUUGGUGAAUUAGUGGAGACUCUGCCGUGUAAUACAGGCAGCUGUCCACCAGAAAUUAUAGAUGGCGGUUUUAGUAACUGGUCAGAUUGGACAGAAUGUUCGGUGACUUGUGGAGGUGGUGAAAAAACAAGAAACCGGACAUGUUCGAAUCCCGAGCCUCAGAACGGCGGCAACGAUUGUGUAGGUGAUUCAGGGGAGACACAACCAUGUAGUACAAGCAGCUGUCCACCAGAAAUAAUAGAUGGUGGUUUAAGUAACUGGUCAGAUUGGACAGAAUGUUCGGUGACUUGUGGAGGUGGUGAACAAACAAGAAACCGGACAUGUUCGAACCCCGAACCUCAGAACGGCGGCAAUGAUUGUGUAGGUGAUUCAGGGGAGACACAACCAUGUAGUACAAGCAGCUGUCCACCAGUUGAUGGUGGAUUUACUGAAUGGACAGCGUGGACAGAAUGCUCGGUGACCUGUGGAGACGGACAGCAAACCCGAACACGCGAAUGCACGAAUCCUGAACCUCAGUUUGGCGGAAACAAUUGUGAAGGGAACAUUGAAGGGAUUAUGGCUUGUAAUUUAGCACACUGUCCAGUUAAUGGUGAGUUCACCGACUGGAGCAUAUGGAGUGAGUGUUCCGUCACGUGCGGAAACGGAACACAUAUCCGAUCACGUGACUGCAGUAAUCCGGAGCCUCAGUAUGGUGGGGAAGAUUGUGUUGGGGAAACAGAAGAAUCUGAGACUUGUGAGCUUGAUCCCUGUCCGGUUGAUGGAUACUGGCUGAGUUGGGAAGAUUGGACACUAUGCUCUGCGUCAUGUGGCAGCAGCGGUACACGUGAAAGAACGCGCACGUGUGUAGACCCGUUAAAUGGCGGUAAUCCAUGCAAUGGGGCCGGGGAGCAAGUGGAAUUCUGUAAUACACAAGAAUGUCCAUUUGACGGUGUUUGGAGUGAUUGGGCCUCGUGGGGAGAUUGUAACGCCACUUGCGAAGGCGGUGUGAAAGAGAGAACGCGCUCGUGCAUAGGACCUCUUAACGGGGGCACUGAAUGUACCGGUAUAUCCCGGGAAACAGACGUUUGUAAUGAAAUUCAUUGUUCAAUUGAUGGACAUUGGGCAAACUGGGAUGAAUGGUCAACGUGCACAUUUACGUGUAACACAGGAACGCGCGAAAGAACACGUGAUUGCAUAGAUCCGCAAUAUGGCGGGGAAAACUGUACUGGAGCUGAAAUGCAGACAGAAUUUUGCAAUACUAAUCUGUGUCCUGUUGAUGGAGAAUGGCGUAAUUGGUCGGAAUGGAGUACGUGCACAAUGUCAUGUGGUGGAGGGUCACGUAACAGAUCUCGCACGUGCAUAGAACCUUUGUAUGGAGGAUUUGAUUGCAUGGGAAAUGAAACGGAUACUGAAAACUGUAACGAAGAACCAUGUCCAGAAUGGGACUCGUGUUCAGUAUCUUGCGCUGAUGGUACCCGGAACAGGUCGCGCUCGUGCGUUGAACCUUCAUAUGGUGGCGCAAAUUGUACGGGUGAAAGUUCACAAUCAGAAUACUGCAAUAAUGGAAACUGCCCAAUUGAUGGGUUUUGGUCGGAUUGGUCAGAAUGGACCAAGUGUUCUCAGACAUGUGGUGGGGGUUACCGGAAUAAGUCACGUGAAUGUAACGAACCUUUAUACGGAGGACUGAUGUGUCAAGGAGAAAUGUCAGAAACUGACACGUGCAACGUGGAUGCUUGUCCAAUUGAUGGUGAAUGGUUAGAUUGGAGUCAGUGGAGCACGUGUAGUAAAACAUGUGGUGGCGGAACACGUGUUAAAACUCGUAAUUGUACUCAACCAAAAUAUGGCGGGAAAUUCUGUGAAGGGGAAUCAUCUGAAACCGAUAUGUGUAAUGUUGAACCUUGUGCAGUGGACGGUUAUUGGAAAGAAUGGUCGAACUGGACAGAAUGUUCAGUCUCAUGCGCUGGAGGAUCACGAAAUAGGACACGUGAAUGCGUUCAACCGAAAUUUGGCGGGAAAGAAUGCACAGGAAUAGACGCCGAAGAAGAGGAAUGCAACACACACGAUUGUCCUGUUGACGGUAUUUGGACCACGUGGUUACAAUGGUCGGAGUGCUCAGCCACGUGCAAUGGAGGCGCACGGAACAGAAGCCGAACCUGUAUAGGAACACAAAAUGGCGGGAAAUACUGCGCGGGUCAUGACGUAGAUAUUCAAAUAUGUGCCCUGGAAUUAUGUCCAUCAAUCGAUGGUGGAUGGUCAGAUUGGACUAGCUGGACAGCUUGCAGCAUGAGUUGUGGUUUCUCGGAAAGGACUAGAAACAGAACCUGUACCAAUCCUUCUCCGCAGUGGGGUGGCAAGUAUUGUGAAGGUAUUCAUAUACAAUCAGACAGCUGCAUGGAAAAUGAUUGUCCGGUGGACGGUGUGUGGUCAUCUUGGGCGACAUGGUCACCAUGCUUGAAUAUGACAGUGAAUGAUGUUUCAAGUCCAAAAUGUGGGCGUGGUUUUAGGUAUAGAAACAGGACAUGUGACAAUCCAGCGCCACAGUUUGCCGGGUCGGACUGUAGUGGCAACUUAACAGAGAUUAAAAACUGCAAUAUACCAUGUCAUGUGAUCACGUGUAGUAAAGAAAAUCCGGAGAAAUGCCAAAUUGUGUUUCAGAAUAUACCCGGUAAUAAAGGAAAUAAGGCGGCAACCAGCACUUCUGUGGUCAUCUCAAUACUGAGUUUUAUUGUGAAAUUAUGUAUCUAACAAUCAUACAUUACUUAUUUUAACGGUUUAGUUUCUUAUCGCGUUUUAAUACAUUUUUCACAGUGAGAAACACUUUUAAUUAUACAUGAAAACUUGCGCAACUAUUGGAGAUGUGGCGAAGCUGUAUUAAUAGAGAGCAAAAUCUUUUGAGUUCAUCUUUGUUGAUGUUUUGUAAAUAGAGAAAUUGUUUUAUAGAAAUGUGGCUGUUUGCAGAUUAUGGUGAUCAAAUAUUGUUAAAUCUAUAUGACAUGUUAAACAUUUUGCAGUGCAGUGUUUUAUGUGUACAUUAAAGUAAUAACAGAUAUUUUCAUUAUAUUUGAGUAGAAAUGAGGAUGUUCAUGCUGAAAGUUUACCUUGUCAUUAUGUUUUUCUUGACAAUAUAUACUCAUAUCUUUACAAUCUUAUAUCAUACAUGACACUAUUAAAUUUCAUCUGUACAUAAUAUGCAUGCAUAUGUGCUAAAAUAUGACGCUAUAUUUAUUUUCUUCUACAGUCUCUUUUUCUAAAAAAAAUUACCAGUAUUCAUUAGAUCUGAGAAGUUAUGCAAGCUUGUUUAUUAUAUUUUUCAUUUUCUUUUUUUUCUCGUUGUCAAAUAAGGUAGGUGUUUGUAAAUUAAAGGCAUUGUAUAUAUAGUCUAGGACUCUUUGUCAAAGGAAAUAAAUGUAUUUCAUAGUCUUAGUAAUAGUUACAUGCCGUGGUUUUCCAGCUACAUUAUUGUACAUUAUCUUGCCCAUAAAAAGUUAAUUAUACUUUAAUUAUACUUAAUUAUACUUAUGUAAAAUUUAUAGUAAGCUGAAAAUAAUACAUUUUUGUUCCUUUUUUUAAUUUAUCAUUGUCAUGGGCACGAAUAUUGGUAUAAUCUUUAUUAGUUUAAUUUUUUAUGUAUUCUUUUUUAUUUGUUUAAAUUUCAUGUAUCUAUUUUUAUUUAUUUUUAUUAUCAUGCAUUCAUUUGAUUUUAUUUUUUGCACAUUAUUUCGACGUAAUGUUCAGUCAACUUUAAAACAUAAAAAAAAAUCUUCAAGAAUGUCAUGUUAUUAUCAGUGCCUUUUAGUCUAUAAAAAAGGUCUAUAGUUUUCAAAUCUUUGUUUUAUUAUUUUUAUUCUUUUUUAAAUUAUUGUUAUUCUCGCUUCUUAUCAUGAAUUACCAUCAGAUCAUCUUUCAUUUUAAAGGGGAAUUGUGUAUUACUACUACUUUCAGCAGAGAGCGGACAUAUUAACAGAGUUUUAUCCAGUGUUUUGUUGAUAUUUCAUGACUAUAAACUAUAUGUCUAUGGCUGAAAAGUAUAUUCAAUUUGUUAAAUAUGUGUUAUGUAUACUGUCAAUCGAUAACACUUAAUAUACAAUUUCGAUCUCUAGAUAAAAUGUAUUCUUAAUUUUUUAUGGACUGAAAUAAUUGUAGUAGUAAGUACAAUAUUUUUAAUAUCAAAUUAUCUUUAUGUUUAUAACCAUAUAAGAAUAACAAAAAUGUACUAUGACACUGAAAUAUUCUCAACAAACAGAAAAAUACAUGAAUGAAAAACUAUUAUUAGCCACUUAAAACAACAGCUAAUGGAUGCAUGUAUUUUGUUGUUGUUUUUUGUAUAUAUGUAUCUUUAACAUUGUUCUUUGUUAUACAUAUAUUAUGGACUUGAAUUAUACAUAAUUCAUGAUUAAAUAUUCAGUUUAAUAAAAACGUUCACACAUGAUGUUUACUUUUUAUAUC